ACCACGUCAAAACAGGUGUGGAAAUUUCAAAUUUGUUAAUUUAAUUAUAGUCAAUUUACUUUGAUAACUGUUAUCUUGUGUUUUAUACACUACUAUCAUAGUGUUUUAUAUAAUAUUAUAUACCUUUAACUGUCAUUGAGAAUGGUAUGGGAUAAAUGAACUUCAAACAUUUAAAGUUAAAACUUUUUAUAAGUACUUGAAAUAUUACAGAAAUUACAUUAUAUUGUAACCAUGUUUGCACCUGUGAAAGAUACCUUUCUUUAUUUUGCUUACGGAAGCAAUUUAUUGAAACAAAGGAUCCAUAUAAAUAAUCCUUCAGCAGAAUUCCUUGGAAUUGGCAGGCUGGAUAACCAUCAAUUAGAUUUUAUAAAGUACAGUGAUCACUGGAGAGGAUCAUCGGCUACAAUUGUACCAACUGAAAAUGCUCAUGUUUGGGGUGCUGUCUGGAGAAUACAGAAUAAAGACAUGCCUGCCUUAGAUUGGCAAGAAGGUGUGGAGACCAAUUGGUAUUUUCCUAAAACUGUUGACAUUGAGACACUUGAUGGUACCAUAGUGCAGUGCAGAACAUACCAACAGACAAUUAAUCCACCCCCGAGGAAAGAAGACGAGGAAAUUCCAAAUGAAAGGAGGCCCUCCAUUACAUAUUUAGAGUGUAUAAUGAAAGGAGCAAUGGAAUGCAACUUACCAAAAGAGUAUUUGAUUAAACUUAAGAAAAUUCCACAUAAUGGACAAAAAGCUUCUCCAAAAAUGAUAGAAAAAUUGAACAUGAAUUCUUAGUAUUUUGUUUGAGUUUUUAUGGUUAUUGAAAAUUGAUGUGAUAGGCAGGCUGUUAUGAAUGACAUCUCAAAAUCUUCUAUAUAUAAAUGUCAUGGUGAUUUAUUUAUAUAAUGUAAUGUCUGAAUAAUAUACAUAUAUAUAUAAUAUAUACAUUUUAAAAAUAAA